CAGUGGGACAGCGGGCCACGAGCCUUCUUUGCGCAAGAGGUCAGGAGGUGACAGGAUUGGGGGGUGGUAUCCUUGCCAACUUCCCAGGCACCCCUGAGCAGUCUCCCCAGUUUGUUUGUCUGUGGGACCUCGGGGCUACCUAUGGAGUCCCCGGGAUGUCUGAGAACCCAGCACUAGAAAAGACUAGAAAGAAAAAUCGAAGUAUUCUUGGCUCCUGGAGACUUCCGCAGCGAGAAGUCACAGAUUCAGGACACAGAUUGACGGGAGCGGCGGGCGCUGGUAGCAGGCAGCUCGCAAGGCUCCCGGACCCUCUGGCCGUGGGCACCCCAAUCCUGUCGCCUGUUUGGGCAGCGUCGCUCCCCCAUCGCGGCCGUGAAUCCCAGGACCCCGGUGCGGCCGGCCUGGAGCCGGGCCACUGGCCACCGCGUCCGCAGAGCGAAACCUGCGCCUCGGCCCCGAAAUAACUUGUUGUGGAAACACUUGAGGAUAAAUACGCCCAACGAAGCUGAAAAUACCUUGACACCCAAUCCCAGAGGUUUGCUCAUUUCCCUUCGGAUUUAGGUAACGGUUAAAUUUGGAAGAGGUGGGCGAGCGUCGAGCCCUGGCGAACCAGGGCCGGGCUGGUGGCGCGUCCCGCGGGCGCCGGCUGCAUCGGUGGGCGCGCCCUCUCCACCGGGCCCCAGCCUCGCGCUCGCUUCCGGUGGUCGGAGCUGGAAAAUUAAAGGCGACUUCGGAGCUGCGGCUCAGCUGAGUCUUUGCUUGGUCCAGGUUGGGGUAGGGUGGGAGGGGUGGCGCCUGGGGCCGCAGCAGGCCUUGGGGACAUUUGGCGUCAUAGCAAAAUGAAGGCUUCAGAAUAAUGCCCACCUUGGCCUUACCCUCAGUGGAGGCGUGGAAUCAACACUAUUGAUGGCAGGGCGGGGAGAGGAGCUCAGACCUCAUUCUUCUGCAAAUAAAAAGUAC